AUGGUUGUUGCUAACGCUGGUUUUGAAGACCUGAAACUGGAGGCAGAUAAGCCGUUGGUGCGUGCGGCUCUCUUCCAUGAAGCCACCAUCCGCUGCUGCUACCGCUGGAAUAAGAGUCCCCAUGUCACCUGGAUCAUGAAUAUUCACACCACCAAUGGAACCACAAUGCUCAGCUUAGUAAAUCUGUCCAACAAUCUGAUGAACAAGACAACAGAACUAACAGAUGGAGUCACAUGCCAUUUGCUGUUUUUCAAGAGGGUCCGUCUCAAUUAUACCGGCUUGUACCAGUGUAAACUGAAUUAUAACUCUCUUCACAUCUUUACCCAUGGUACCUUUCUUCAAGUAUACAAACCAUUGCAGAAGACCUUGAACCUCAGCGAGAGUGUGAAGAACAGCAUCAUUACAGCAGAAGGGGUGUUGCUGCUGAUGUGUGUGUUGAUCCCUGGCACCAUGCCCCUCUGUAAGUCAAAGAGGCUGAAUGAACUGGAGAGGAAGAAAGGAAGGGAGGAGGAGAAUAUCUAUGAGGGUCUAAACCAGGAUGACUGCAACUCAGCUUACCAUCAAAUUCAACGCACCAAUCAGCAAGGCCCCUAUCAGGAUGUGGCCAACUGUGGAGAAGACAUUCAACUGGAGAAGCCAUAGCUGGAGCUGGAGAAACAGG